AUGGCAGUUACCCCUGACUACUUCCACUGUAUCACGGAUCCGAUAUUUCACACCAGCGUGUACGAGCCGGAGGCAGACACGUUUUUGUUGCUCGAGGCGCUCGACAAAGACGCGGAUGUGCUUCGCACACUGCAGCCGCGUCGCUGCGUGGAGAUUGGCUGCGGGUCGGGGACUGUCAUCACUCACCUGCAACUCGUCUUGUCUGGUGUUUCAGGGGGCGCAAGUAGAACGCAGGAGGGGCGGUGUUUGAGCAGCAGUGCGUGGCGAGGAGAGUGCCACGCAGUCGACAUAAACCCUGUGGCGUUGGAAGCGACCAGUAUUACAUGGAGGACAUCCCUGCAGCGUCUAUGGGGUGAUGCGGCUCCACGACUUCAUCUUCACCAUGGGGACUUGUUUGGUCCGUUUCAACACGACGGUACUGAGGGCCAACAGGUGGUCGAGACUGAAGAAUUCGAUGUGAUUCUUUUCAACCCGCCGUACGUUCCAACCAGCACGGAGGAGCUGGAGAGCGCUGGGAAGCAAGGAGACUUCAUCACGGCGGCUUGGUGUGGUGGCCCACGCGGGCGGGUGGUGGUGGAUCGAUUUGUUUCUCAGCUCCCCCGUUUCCUCUCCGCUGGCGGCGUGUGCUACAUUGUUGCGAUCGCCCAGAAUGAUGUGCCUGGGUUGAUGAAGACGAUUUGCACCGCCUUCAGGGGGGCCACACAAGCUGAGGCCGCAGUGGAGACUACAGUGGUCUCCGAACGGUACACCGGGGAACAUUUGAAGGUGAUCCGUGUGCGGCGGGGGACCUCGCACAAUUCAUGA